AUGAUUAUUGUUAAUGAGAUUCGGCAUAUUAAAAACAUCACCUUCCUAAUGGACUUCUAUGUCGUAAAAAUAAAUAAUUUCAUAAAAGUUAUUCAACACUUGUUGUUUCUGGAAAAACAGAGAGACAAAUAUGUAUAUUAUAUAACAAGAACAAAUAAAAAUAAGAAUAAGAAUAAGAAAGUAAAAAAUGUAAAUACUACUACUAAUAGUAAUGAAAAAAAUAAUGAAAAAAAUGACAAAAAUAAUGAAAAUAAUGACAAAAAUAAUGAUAAUGUUACAGAUGAUCAUUGUGGUCAUCACGAGUGUGAUGAUCUUGAGGGAAGACAUAAAAUACAACAAAUUCUAUACAACAUUAAAAAUAUGAAAAAAAAAAGAAUCAAAAAAAAUGUACUCCUAGAUUUUUAUACACAAAUUCUUACAAUCCACAGAAGAGAUCAACCUAAUUUAAUAAAUUAUUAUGUAACGCUUAUUAACAAAUUAAAAACUUUUAAAUACAAUAUACAAUUAAAAAAAAUAUUUAUACAAAAUGUAAUAAAAGAAAUAAAUAAAGAAUAUAAUUCCUUUCUAAUAGAUUUACAUUACAUGUACUUUAAAGUAAAAAAAGAGGUUUCUAAUAUUAAUAAUUAUGAUAAUAAUAAUGAAGGUCAUGAAAUACCUUCUAUUGCUUUUAAUACUUCACACAACAAACACAUAUAUGUGUAUAAAUCCAUAGGGCAUGUUUAUAAAAAUAUUUUAAAAACAUUAAAAUUAAGAUUAGAAGUCUUCUUAAAUUAUAUAUACAAUCUUUGUAAUAAUAUUUAUAAAAAGAUAAAUAUUUAUAUGGCCAAUGUAUUUUCCAUGUUCAUAGAUACACAGGAGGGAUUAUUCAGCUUAAUGAGUAAAAGGAAGGAAUAUUUAAAGGAGAUCAUAAAGAUUAUAAGUGCCCAGGACAACAGUGAGCAUGUGAAAAACAGAAUAUCGUGCGAUACACUAUUGAAUACAUUUAAUAAUAAUGAUAUUGAAGAAGAUGGUUUUGAAAAAUAUAAUCUUAAAAAUAAUCAGAAUAUGAAUAAUGAUGAGUAUACGAAUCAUUAUAUGUCACAGAAAAAAUAUACAUUUACUAAAUUAAACUAUAUAACAAGCUUUUAUGAAAAUAAUUAUUACGGACACGAAAAUAAUAAUGUAAGGAGAGAUUCAAACUAUUUUCAGAACGAACAAGAGAAUAUUAAUGAGAGCGGUCAUAUAAAUAAUGUGGAAGAUAAUAUAAAUGGAAAGAAGAAAGAACAGGAAGAUCAAAAUAAAGAUAAUAAUAAUGAAAACAAUAAUAAUGAUAAUGAAAACAAUAAUAAUGAUAAUGAAAACAAUAAUAAUGAUAAUAAUAAUGAUAAUAAUGAUAAUAAUGUAGUAAAACCACGGAUGAAGAAGGAGGUUAUAACCAUAAAAAAUAUUAUUAUGUUUUUUAAAAGAUUUAAAGGAUAUUUUAAAUUAUGCAGGAAAAAUAUGUAUGAACUGUCUCCUUCCCUUAUGAUAAAAGAGGGAGAAGUACUACAUGAACUUGUUGUCCGUUUAUUAAAUCAUUAUACCAGUAUAAUAAAUAUAAACAAAUUUUUUUAUAAAUCCUUUAAGAAAAAUAUUUAUAAUUUUAAUCUCCCUGUACAAGAAAACAAAAUGAUAUAUAUACUUAAGGAGAUAUAUUUAUUAUUACAUUUCCAUAUAACUCACAUAUGGAUAACUAUAAAAGAACAUACAGAAGAAUUAAAAAAUAUAAAAAAUAAAAUAACACAAGAAAAUAAUUUCUUCGAUAUAUUUAUAUCAUAUGUAAUUAAAAAUUUAGGCACGGGAGAUAUGACCCCCGAAUUAUUUGAGAAAAUUAAAAAUGUAGAAAAGAAAAUAACAAAUGGAAAAGAAUCGAGCAGAUCAAUUUCCUUAUAUAAGUGGAGAAGUUUGAUUAAAAUAAAUACCGAGAUAGAUUUGAAACAUGGAGGGGAAGUAUCUAUAUUACAGAUCUUGUCAUUUCCAUAUGACGAAUUUUUCAACGAACUUAUUGAAGAAAAUUAUAAUGAAGAAAAUAUAUUUAAAAAGUCAUCUUUGGAGAUGUACAAAAUAUAUUCCAAGUAUUGUUAUUCUACUAAUCGAAAAGAAGUGAAAGAAUGUGUGGGUGUGCACUUGAAUAGGACGUGCUUAUACCAGGAAAAUAAUUUUAUUCACAAAGUUCUACAAUUUUUACAAGCCAAAAAAUGUAGCCAUAUUUGUAUGCUCAGCAUUGAACAAAAUAACAUUCUCACAAGCUCAAAUAUUCUCGUCAACAUUUUUAACAAGAAAAAUGAAAGAGAUAAACAAUUUGCUUUUAAUUUAAUUGUUCAUUAUUUUAUAAGGGAAAAAGGAAAGGAUACUUGUGAGAUACAUGAUACUGAUAAAAAUAUUACACAAACAAAAAAUCAACACAUGCAUGAUCAGGUAAGUUAUGAUAACUCUGCCAUUCCUAUUCUUGACAUACAAAAAAUCAUAAGUGAAAAAAAUGAAAGUGAGGAUGAAAUCAAAAGUAUGCAUAGUCUUCUUAAUGAUGAUAAAACAAAAAAUAUGGAUGAUAAUCAGGAACACAAAGAAAAUAGUAUUUUAUUUAAAGAUGAUAUAAGUAAUCAAGAAAUCAAACUCUCGGAUGAAGAAUCCACGUUUGAAGACAUGAACAUUGAAGUUUUAAAUAUGAUCAAAAAGAUAUAUGAAGAAAGGGAAAAAAAAAAACUUGAACGUAAAAGGAAAAGAGAAAAAAAAAGAAAAAAAAAAAAAAAAGAAAAAAAAAAAACAGAGGCAACUUUGCAAAAUUUACAAGAUAUACAUAAUAAACAAAAUGUACAUAAUGUACAAGAUAUACAUAAUAAACAAAAUACACAUAAUGUACAAGAUAUACAUAAUAAACAAAAUAUACAUAAUGUACAAGAUAUACAUAAUAAACAAAAUACACCUAGUGUACAAGAUACACAUAAUAAUGAUAGCAAGUCAAUUAUGUCACCUGAUUUUAAUAAUGACACAAAUAAGAAAAGAGAAACACACAUUAAUAAUAAUAUCCCUAAUCCUAAUGAUGGACGUAAUGAGGAUAAGACUACUAUUUUAGAUGAGAAAAGAAAAUUAGAAGAAUCACAAAAUGAAGAAAAGAAUAAAUGUCCGAUUCUAGAAAUAGAUGAUCAUAUAUUUGAAAUAAACGAUAAAGAUCAUUUGAAUUAUAUAAUGCGUAGUUCUAUGAAUACUUUUAAUUGUGCUUUAUCAAAAAAAAUAUUAAUACAAGGGAAAAUAUUUAUUACAAUGGAUGGUAUUUAUUUUAUAUCUCUUUUUAAUUCCCUUUUUUCAAAAAAUACAAUAUUAAAAAUAAAAUAUGUAGAUAUUGUAUCUGUUGAAAAAUUAACAAUUCUUCAUUUUUUAGCGAACUCAAUAAAAAUUAUAACAAAAUAUAAAUCUUUUGUAUUUACAUCAUUUGUACAUCGUAAUCAUUGUUAUAAUUUAAUUAUGGAUAUGAUAUAUGAAAAUAAUAAUACUCAUAUCAUUCCUAAAAAAGGAACGGUUAUAAUUGACAGGUAUCAUGAAUAUGAUACCGAUGAAAAAAAUGAUCUUAGCGAUGAAGUGGAUAAUACAAAUGACAUUAAUUAUCAUAUAAAAGAAGGUAUCCAUACUAAUGAUAAGAUAUAUAAAGGUGACAUAAUUAAUGAUUAUAAAAAUAAUCAUAUUAUAGACCAUUAUUUGAAAGAUAAUGAAAUGCUCACGGACUCUUCAAAAAUUAAAAAUGAUUUUCCUACAAAUAUAGAAAACAAUAAAACUAAAAACAAUAUAACAAAUGGAAAGUGUCCGAUAUUGCAUGUAUCUAAUUACACAAAGGACAACAAUCUAAUUUAUGUUGAAACCAUAAACAAACACUUACCUUUAAAUAUUGAUACAGAAGAAAAUGAAAUACUAAAAAAUAACAAUUUUAUAAAUUGUACAAAUUAUAUUGAUAGUUUAUUUAUUAAUCGAAAUUUUAAAGAUAUUUUUCUAGAUAUUUAUUCGAAUUUACAAAAUCAAUAUAAUCCAUUAUUAAAAAGUGUACUCGACAAAAAACCAUUAAAUUUAUCAUAUGAACAUAUCAAAGAUAUAAAAGACCUUAUGUAUAAUAAAACAUUUUUAACAUACACAACGGAAUAUAAUAUUUUAUUAUUUAAUAAUGAAACCAAAUUAAUAGGUUUACCUGAUAGAUCGAAUGUCAAAGAAAUUUUUAUGUUUUUUUUUUUUAAAAAUAAUAUUAUUAUUCAAAAAAUUAUCACACUUUUAAGUAAUAUACCUUUAGCUGGUUCAUUCAAUACAAUCGUUACAUUAAAUAUACAUAAUGUUAUGAACCAAAAUACAAAUAAUUAUUAUACACAAAUCGAUUUCUCAUAUGAUAUCGAAUUUGUUAAAAGUACAUUCUUUAAAAAUCAUAUUAAAAAUAAUGCUUUGCCCAGAUUGGAAAAAUCAAUUAAAGAUUUGAAGGAUUAUACAAAAGAAGCUAUUUUACAAAUAUAUCAAAAUUAUGAUAACCAAACAAUAAAUAAUAAUCAUGUAAAUCCUCACCAACAAAAUAAUAUGAACCAAAAAAAUAAAAGUCAAAAAUAUCAAUCUUUUACAUUCAAAAACAAUAUACAUAUCGCCAAGACCGACCUUCAGCAUAUGACUAUAAAUGAACUUCGGGAAUAUUUUAAGCAUGAUUUUAAAUCUGUGGAUCACUUAUCAUCAUAUACUCCACUCAUGUACUUUUUAAUAGUAUCCAUUACGGCAUUUGUAAUUUACAAAUUACUUGAUGUAAAAUAUCAUUUUUGA